CAGUCCAUAUACGGAGACCGUUUCGUACGCACUUCCAUUGCUCGCGCGCAACACACGCACCGCUCGUGUGUGCAGACCCAAUACCACCACCAUCACCACCACCACCACGACCGCGGUUGUAGUAGUAGUGGUAGUAGUAGUGACGACGACCGCCGUCGCGUACAGUACUACAGUCUCAUCCGCACCGGCGCCGGUAGUGAACGUGGUGCGCGUGGCCGUUAUAUCCGCAAUAUUGUUUGAAUGUAAUUUCGUUGACGUUUUUAUAAUUUUUUUUUUCGUUUUCCGAUUUCGAUCUGCACAUCGAUCUCGCGCGAGUUCCGUACGAUAAAUUAAUCAAUUAUAAUAAUACUGUCGUGCUACGAGUUUUUUUCGAUUUUCGUCCGGACGUCCCUGACGAUAGUUAAAUAGACAAUCCGUCGUCGUCGAGUUUGAUAUCUCGGUUUUCCCGUAGCCGUCGGUAUUCGGUCGGCAAUCUUGCUUGGGAAUUUCUCACGGUUUUUCACCGAAGGGACGACGGUAGUUUUUAAUAUUUUUAUUUUUCAAACAUCUCAUCGUGUGUGCGUGCGCGUUGGCGACACGCCGAGUGACCGUCAAAAACGACCGGUGGGAUUACGCGGACUAAAAUCACAUUGCCGGGUGCCGCCAAAAUGGUGAACCCGAGCACGGAAUCCAUACUAAAUCAGAUGACCAACCUGGCCAUGGACAUCGCCCUGGACUACGUGUUGCCCGCGUCGCCGAUGAGCGACGUGUGCAAGAGCGACCUGUUCGAGUUCGAACGGGACGUAGUCGUCGCGGCCGUUAGCGGCGGCCCGUCCGCCGGAGGUCUGCUCAGCAGCCUGGUGGCCGGAACCGCAGGUACGGCUGGUGGCUGUUGCGGCCGCCCGCCCACCGACCUGUGCAAGAAAAACAGUUAUAUGGGUGCGGCGGGAUGCGACUCGUGCGACGCAUGUCUGGCCAGGAACGCCGCGGCCGCUGCAGUCGCUGACCUUUAUUCGCCGAGCAGUUGUACCGCUACAAGCGUCGGCCUGUGUGCCUCUGCGUCAGCAUCACCGCCAUCAUCGAGUGGCUCGUCCACGACGUCGUCGUCCGCCUCAUCCACACCGUCUCAGCAGCAGACCGCCGAGACGACGAUGGACAUCAGUUGGUGCCAGUUCGACGGGUGCGAGUUUGACACUGCCGACAACAGUUACCUGGACAUUUGUGAUUGGAUAUUCUACGCCGACCGGUAUGCGCUCACUGACGAGAACCGCGAGAAAGUGCAGAAAGCGUUCCAGAUGGUGCCUCCCGGCGAGGUGACAGGCUACGUGGCCGAACCGGCAGCGAAGCACGUCAAGAGGAACAACAACAACGCAACGGCCGCCGGGCGGUCCCCUGUUGGUGCGAUGCUGGAUGUCUGCGACUCCCCGGCCGUGGCCGCGGUAGCAGCAGCCGCUGCAGCGGCAGCGAUCGUCGGUGGCGUGACCAUAAAGUCCGAACCAGACGACGAUUACUUGUGGACCAGCGACAACCACUUGCUACCUAUCAUACUAAAGGCGGAACCCAACGCCGACAUACUUCAAAUAACCGAACUGGACCACAGUUACCUACAGACACCCACCCACCACCAUGGAGGCAACAGCGGCGGUGGCUGCGGCUCGACCAGUUCGUCGACGGCCGUAUCGCCCGCCAAACACCAUUCCAACCACUUGGUGGACAUGCUUGGACUUGUCACUCCACCCCCGUCUCGUUCUCAGUCUUCCGAAGAAGAAGAGAUCGACGUGGUCAACGACAGCUGGGAUACGCCAGAUACGCCUCGCAAGGGCGCCACCAUGGCGGACAUAAUGAAACGUGGCAUCGUCAAGAAGCGCGAACCGCCCGUGACCAAGUGGAAGAGCACGGUCAAGCGGAAGCAUAAGACCGCCGGGCAGUCGGCCACUGCGGCAGCCGUGGCCGCGGCGUACCCAAUGCCCCCGCCACCGCCUAAAAAGCUGUGCAGUGGAUUAUCGCUGUUGGACCGAUACAAGAAGGACAACACCAACUGGAAGGGCAUGCCCAAUAUCAAGGAUGAAUCCGUCAUCAAAGAAGAACCCGUCAUCAAGGAAGAACCCGUGGACGACUACGGUUCGUCGGCCGGCGAUGACCGCAGUGACGACGACGAGUACGACAACCGACAGCGUCACCGACGAAAACAGCGGCAACAACAAAAUGCGCUCACGACUACCAUUAAGCCGGAGCCGUUGGACGAGGAUGAAGACCGCGAAGGCGAUGACGACGAGGACGACGAUUACGACAUGGAUGCGGACUUCGAGUCGCUGAUGAAGAACGAACCGGAUGACAUGUUCGACGACGAUUACGAUGAUUACGAUGACGACCACGACAUGGACUGGGACAAAGUGUUGCGGGGCGCGUCGACGUCGAGUGGCGGCCGCAAGUCUUCCGGUGGCUCUUCGUCGUGCAGCUCAUCGUCAACAACCACGGGCGGCGGCCGUAAGAAGAAAAAGAAGAAGAAAAAGAAGACUGCCGUGUCCGGCUCAUCCAAGUCGUCAUCGACAAAGCUACAUCACCACCAUCAGUCCGGCGCUGGCAAAAAAAUCAAGUACGAGAACGUCGGCGGCGGCGGUUACAGCUACAAGACCAAACUCAUGGACCCCGUCAAGAGGGCGCUGCACAACGACCUGGAGAAGUCGCGGCGCGUCGAGACCAGCAUGCUGUUCAUGAACCUCAGCAUGCAGGUGUCAUUCCUGGACGACAACCGCAAGAUACCGUCCAAGCUGAGCAUACUGCGCGGUGCCAAGCGGGAGUGCGACCUCAUGAUGCUCGAAGAGCGGCGGCUGCUGUCCGAGAAGCAUGUCAUGCAGCAGAAGCAGCGCAUGCUCCGAGAGCGGCUGUUCGAGCUCCGGCGCGAGCACUACCACCGGCGGUACGGUAAGCCGAAACAAACAUCAUCAUCAUCAAACCAUUUUUCACACAACCAACAACAACAUCAGCAAUAGUCGUCGCGGUGAGAACGCAUCUUAUAUUUGUAAUAUUUACAUUAUUAUUCUUAUGACAUAAUCUUCUCACCCGCCAAACGAAACAAAACACAAACAAACUAGCAACACACACACACACACACACACACACACACACACACACACACACACACACACACACACACACACACACACAAACAUACGCUCGCUCGCGCCACGCACUCGUACGCCUGCGCGUCGUUUUAUUUAAUUAUUUAUUAUUUAUUUUUUUUUUUUAAUUUCGAAGAACGGUUGCUCAAAUAUAUUUAAACAUAUAUUAAUUUAUUAUUAUUAUCAUUAAUUAUAUAUUAUUAUUAUAAUAAUAAUUACUUUUAUUAUCGAUACGUAUUGUUUAUGUAUGUAGAGGUAGUUAGGUAGUUAGACGUGUGAGUGUGUGUGUGUGUGUGUGUGUCUGUCGGUGUUACAAUAUUAUUCUUAUGUAUAAAUAAUAUAAA